ACAACAGUCUCAAAGGUUUACCUUAUACAAAAGGUGACCCUCAAUCGCGCCGUCUCCUGGAUCAUCAGCAGUGAUCAGGUCUGUAUCCACUUUCAGAGGAUCUACAAACCGUCCGCAAUCCUCACGAUGACUUCCCUUUUUCAUCGCAAGAACAAAGACAAAGCAGCCGAAUCCACGAGUGCACCAACGCAGCAGGAAAAGGUCAAAUGGUCAAAACGACCAGCAAACACCGCCUUCAAGCAGCAACGUCUGAAGGCUUGGCAACCCAUCCUCACUCCAAAGGCCGUCUUACCAACCCUCUUUCUCAUCGGUAUCAUCUUCGCUCCCAUCGGUGCUGUCAUAGUUUGGGGCAGUGGGAAAGUCACCUCGAUCACUCUCGACUACACUGAAUGUGACGCUCAGGCUCCUACCGAUGGCAGCUUCGCGACCAUGCCCAGUGGGAGCUACAGCUAUGACUUGUCUAGCAGUUCACCCGUGUCCAAAUCUGACAUCCCCGUGCCACAGUGGUCUUUCAGCAACGAUUCAUCCCGCGGUGUAGGCGAGCAAGCACAAUGUCAGAUCAACUUUCAAGUACCGUAUGAUCUGGGACCCGGUGUCUUCCUGUACUAUAGGCUCACAAAUUACUAUCAGAACCAUCGUCGAUAUGUUCAGAGUCUGGAUGCAUCACAGCUGAAAGGCGAUCAUCGAUCUCUGUCAGACAUCAACAGCGGAGACUGCAAGCCUGUUACAUCGGAGAAUGGAAAGCCGUACUACCCCUGCGGUCUCGUUGCCAACAGUUUCUUCAAUGAUACUUUUCCGCAGGUUGUGCUGCUCAAUCCUUCCAAUGGCGCGCAGAAUGAGACUUACAAUUUUACAGAGCAAGGCAUAGCUUGGCAUGGGAUCCGAAAAAACUAUGUCAACACGCCUGGCUAUGCGUCCCCAUCCGAUGUGCUACCGCCUCCCAACUGGGCUCUGCGAUACCCAAAUGGGUAUACUGACGAGACUGGGUUCCCAGCAUUGAGGGACGACGAACACUUCCAGAACUGGAUGCAGAUCGCCGCUCUACCAACGUUCAGAAAAUUAUGGGCCCGAAACGAUCAUGAUGUCAUGUCGACUGGUACCUACCGCGUCGUCGCCAACAUGAACUAUCCCGUCAAGCAGUUCUCCGGUACGAAGUCCAUAGUCAUCUCUACUGUCUCCUGGAUUGGAGGAAAGCAGCCCUUCCUUGGUUGGGCCUAUAUCGCCGCGGCCAUACUCUGUGUCGUCUUGGCCAUCGCCGGCCUCAUCCGACAUUUGGUGAAACCUCGCAAGUUGGGGGACAUGAGCUUGUUGUCAUGGAAUCAAUGAAUAGUGAUGGAGAAGGGGUACCCGGGGUUGAACAUCUAGGCACGGGCAUGUAUGAUCUGUCACUAC